AUGUUGGAAGAGAUAGAGGAUAUAAAACCCAGAAUUGAUGACCUUGAAUCAGCUAUUGCAGAAGAUGGCAAGCGCUUAAACAACUCCACCAGUCUAAUACAAUCUAUUACACUAGAAAGCCGCGCCUCCUCCACACUGGUUCAUCGAUUAGAAGCAAACCUCUCUGAAUUAGAGCAGGACAUUAAAGGUCUCAAGAUCGAGGUUAAGGGUUUGAGAAACAUGCUUAUAUCUGUACUUUUCCUCUUCCUUUGCUACAAGGUCUUGUUCUAG